AUGUCGUGCAAGAAGUUAUGGUCAGACAGAUUUAGUGAUCUUCCAGACGAAGUUGCUCACCAUAUUCUGUCCUUCCUCUUUGUCAAAGAUCUCGCUUGUGUAGGUGCUGUGUCGAAAAGAUGCAGAGAAUUUUACCUCUCAGUUCCAUUAGUGAAUCUUGCAAAUUGUUAUGCAGGAGGAAACUACCAGAAGCUUGGAGAACUCAUGUGUUUCUUGGAUAGAUACAUGUUUCAGCGUGGUGAUAAUAAGAUGCAGCGCUUUUACAUUAAUUGGAUAUUCCAUACACUCGGCGUUGCAAAUAAAGACUGCGAGGAGUUAUAUCGAAUAACCUCGUGGAUUCAUAACGCAGUAAGGUGUAAUGUUGAAGAGCUUAACCUUCGUUUCUCCUCAACAUAUGCUGGAUUCACGUUUGGGCUGCCCUCUUGCCUAUAUCAGUCGAAAUCAUUCCAGACUCUAGUAUUAGUAUGCUUGAAUGAGAUGACUCUGGAAGCACCACCAUUAUCUCUUUCCUGCAAUCUCCAUUACUUGCAUUUGAAUUCUGUAACAAUAGUAGAUGAUCAAAGGCUUUGCAAGUGGAUCUCCUAUAGCUGCAAAUGCAUUAAGAAAUUACACCUUAUUAAUGUUAAAGGGCUGAAGCAUAUUGUCAUUCUAAGCUCGUCAUUGGAAUCAUUUGAGUUUUCUGGUACGGACCUGAUCACGCUUUACAUCUCUGGUGAAAAGCUUGCAAGCAUUUCCAUCAACUGGAACUUUAAUUCUUUCCCUGGGAACUGCUCACUGAAGAUUUCUGCUCCAAAUCUGCGAAAACUGACAUGGGUGGGCAAGGUCUUGAAUACCCUUGAUCUGGGAAAAUUUCUGAAUUUGCAAACAGCUCAAAUUUUUCUUGAGCCUACGGUAUACCACAAUUUAUCUGAGGUCUUUUCCAGUAUCUGUGGGACUAAAGUUCUUGGUCUAAAUGAGAACACCAUGAAGGCAAUGUUCAAAGGAUGUUCCAUGCAAACACCAUUGCCCAUUCUUGUACUGACUGUUUAUCUUACGAGCUUCAGUAACGACACGGUUCCCAUAGCGGCCUCUCUUCUCAGAAGGACUGGUCUUCUGCUCAGCUUGACCAUAAGUUCUAAUUCACCUAUUGGGGACCCUAAAACUAUAUCACAGUCUUCAUCUGGAUUUGAUAAGGAAUACUGGGAAUCGCAAAACUUAGCUUUUGUUAACCACCUGAAGGUUUUGAGCAUAGACCUCUCCAGUGGGUCUAAUGAGAUUGAGUUUGCAAAGUACAUUCUCGAAAAUGCUCCGAAUUUGAAGAAGAUUGUUAUUCGGUAUCGUCCGGGAUUCCAGCAAUCAGAUACCUUGCAACGGAAGAUGAUCAGAUGCAAGAACAUUGCCUCGAGAGUCAUGGUUAUGAUUCACGAGAUCCGGUGA